UGACCUUAUACACAAGCUCUAUUGACGAAUAGCAGAUCGUCUGCAACCGCCAAUCCACAAAAAGACACGACCGACACGCCAUGAACGUUUUUGCUGACGAGGCUACCGAGGAACGAGGAGAGAAUGCGAGGUUGUCUUCUUUCGUAGGAGCUAUGGCUCUGGGAGAUUUGGUGAAGAGUACUUUGGGACCCAAGGGAAUGAACAAGAUCCUUCAAUCCGCCUCUACUGGAGAGAUCAUGGUAACCAACGACGGAGCUACUAUUCUCAAGUCUAUCCAGCUGGACAACCCCGCCGCCAAGAUCCUCGUCAACAUCUCAAAAGUCCAGGACGACGAGGUCGGUGAUGGGACCACCUCGGUCUGCGUGCUCGCGAGUGAGCUGUUGAGGGAGGCCGAGAAGCUUGUAACGACGUACAAGGUGCACCCGCAAACGGUCGUAGAAGGUUACAGGAUUGCGAGCAAGGCCAGUCUGGCUGCUCUGGCAGGUGCCGCCCGGGACAACUCCUCGGAUUCGGCCGCAUUCCGAAACGAUCUUUUCAACAUUGCCCGAACGACCUUGUCGUCAAAGGUUCUCGCACAAGACAAGGAAUACUUUGCCAACCUCGCCGUAGACGCCGUGUUAAGGUUGAAGGGAAGCACCGAUCUGGAUCAUAUCCAGAUCAUCAAAAAGGUCGGAGGAAAGUUGACGGAUAGUUACUUGGAUGAGGGCUUCAUCUUGGACAAGCAAAUUGGUGUCAACUGCCCCAAGAGGAUCGAGAACGCCAAGAUCUUGAUCGCCAACACUUCCAUGGACACUGACAAGGUCAAGAUCUUUGGCGCUCGAGUCAAGGUCGACGGAACCGGCAAGCUUGCCGAGCUCGAACGGGCUGAAAAGGAAAAGAUGAAGGAUAAGGUCAACAAGAUCGCCUCGCACGGCAUCACCUGUUUUGUCAACCGUCAACUUAUCUACAACUACCCUGAGAGUCUGUUGUCAGAACAGGGAAUCAUGAGCAUCGAGCAUGCCGAUUUCGAGGGUGUCGAGAGGUUGGCACUGGUCACCGGAGGGGAGAUUGCGAGCACCUUUGAUCAGCCGGAUCUGGUCAAGAUCGGACGAUGUGAUCUGAUCGAGGAGAUCAUGAUUGGAGAGGACAAGCUCAUCAAAUUCUCUGGAGUCGCUGCCGGUGAAGCUUGCACAGUAGUACUUCGAGGAGCUACCACCCAAAUGGUAGAUGAGGCCGAACGAUCGCUGCACGAUGCUCUGUCGGUCUUGUCUCAGACGGUCAAGGAGACUCGAGUGGUCUUGGGAGGUGGAUGUGCCGAGAUGUUGAUGAGCUGUGCGGUCGAGGAAGAGUGCCGACGGAUCAAGGGGAAGAAAGCUCUGGCAGUCGAAAGCUUCGGAAAGGCAUUGCGACAGAUGCCCACCAUCUUGGCUGACAACGGUGGACACGACUCGUCCGAUCUGGUUUCCAGGUUGAGGGCCGCUCACUACGAGGGUCAGAGCGAUGCCGGUCUGGACAUGGACAAGGGAGAGAUCGCCUCGAUGAGAAAACUCGGAGUGACGGAGAGUUACAAGUUGAAGAAGCAGGUCGUCGUCAGUGCUAGCGAGGCUGCCGAGAUGAUCCUUCGUGUGGACAACAUUCUGCGAUCGACACCGAGACGACGAGAAGGCUGAGGGGUGUGACACGACGAAGCAUAGGAGAAUGAGAGUUCUGCCAACAAAAUUUCUUAGAGGGCUUUGUUAUCUUUCACGACGUUUCCCUGUUACCACUAUCUUGAUGACGAACGAUGAAUGCGGAUUAGCUCGCCGACCAGGCCU